GAUUCCCCCAUUUUAUUCUCAUCAUCGUCUCACCGAACAUUCCCAUCUUCACGAUCCUCAUUCUUUCUUUCUUUCUUUCUUCCCUUUUAAAUACUGUUCUUUAGCUAGCUAGCUAGCUAGCUAACUAUCGAAAGAGUGAAAGAGUUUAGCUUUCCCGAUUCAGAGUUCAUCUUACAAAAGAAAAAGGCAAAAAACCCAUGAUGCUAUUGCCAUUUUUUGAAACCCAGGACCGCCCUUUUCCUUUUUGCACUCCUUUUUAGACCAUGAAACUCAAACCCUAUCUUCCCCACCUGUUGUAACAGACAGCUAUGCCUCAUGGCGAAGCGCGUCUACCAACUCUGGAAGGGAAGCAACAUAUUUCUUUUGAAUGGGAGGCUGAUAUUUGGACCAGAUGCAAGGUCUCUGAUAUUUACCUUACUUUUAAUACUUGUUCCUGUAGUCAUCUUUUGCAGUCUAGUUGCAAAGAAUCUCUUCCAUAGAUUUCCCUCUUACGAUGCUGGAUAUGCAAUUCUGUUGGUGACAAUCUUCUUCACGAUAUACGUGUUGAUACUUCUCCUUUUGACCUCAGCUCGUGAUCCUGGUAUUGUUCCACGCAAUCUGCAUCCUCCGGAAGAAGAGUUCUGCUAUGAAUCAUCGGCUUCUGUUGAUGCUGGUGGCAGACCCACACCAAGCCUUCGUUUGCCCCGUUUUAAAGAAGUUCUUGUUAAUGGUGUAAUUGUGAAGGUUAAAUACUGCGACACAUGUAUGUUAUAUCGUCCUCCACGAUGUUCUCAUUGUUCUGUCUGUGAUAAUUGUGUCGAAAGAUUUGAUCAUCAUUGCCCUUGGGUUGGGCAAUGCAUUGGAAAGCGCAACUAUCGGUACUUUUUCUUGUUUAUUUCGUCUGCGGCGCUUCUAUGCAUGUUCGUGUUUUCAAUGUCAGUUUUGAACAUGAAGUUUCUUUUUGAUGAUCAUGGAACCGUUUGGAAGGCCAUGAAAGGCUCGCCUGCAUCCGUAGUUCUCAUCGCCUUCUGCUUUGUUUCUCUAUGGUUCGUAGGCGGACUCACUGGAUUUCACUUAUACCUUGUUUCCACAAAUCAGACCACAUAUGAGAAUUUUAGGUACAGAAUAGAUAACAGAAUUUACGAUCGUGGCUGCCUGAAAAAUUUAUGGGAAGUGUUAUGCUCAAAGAUUGAGCCUUCGAGGAACAAGUUUCGAGGAUUAGUACAAGAUGAGGCAACUUCGCUUCCUCGGCCUUCCCCUAACCGUGGGGGGGAUAUGGGGGAGACAAGUGGAGAAAGGCGGGAAAAGGUAGAGGAUGAUCUUGAACUUGGAAAUGAUCUUAUGAAGGUAUCUCGUCGUCGUGAUUUUGAAGAUCAGAAGCGUGUUGAUUCUGAAUUGGGCGUGGACAUGGAAUUGCAGGUAUCCAUGGCUGAUAGGUACUCGAAUGUGGGUGGUAGGAGAAACGUGAGCUAGCGAUAUUCAUGUGAAGGCUCUCAAUGGAUGCGUUUCCAAUUCGGCAAGGAGCAAAUCUGUUCUAUUUUUUAUGACUUUCUGGGAUGUAAUUGUUAUCAAAUUUAGCUCUUAAUCCUUUGAACUCCUUUUCUUUCUUUCUAUUUUUCUCCAGGCAUUGUUGGGUCAUAUAAUUGGGUAAACUAUCAAAUAUUUCUUUGUUUGUUCAUCAA